ACAAGUUAAAUAAGCAACCAAUCAAGUCUACUAUAUAGCAGAGUCAAUAGUCUUAUUUUCACAACUAAUCCCACACACAAUCGCCAUUUUGUUCCUCUAUAUUUCAUUCCACACGCACUCCUCAUCUUUGACCUAUUUCCUUUACAAUUUUUUCAUUCCUAGCCUGCCGGCGCUAGCCGUCCGCAAUUUCCCCAACAAAACACCUUCAAUAUAUAUACAAACAUUUCUAAACACCUCUCAAUCACACUCCUCCGUCCCAAUAAAAAACGUACUCAGUAUAUCCCGCUCGAGAGUCAUGUUGUUGAGAUUAUUUCUCACGUCUCCUGUCGUGAUUGUCGGUAUUUAUUUCCUUCUUCGGCUGGUGUCGAAAACGUCUCUGUUAUUCAUCGCGAAGAAAUGGUGGAGAUUACUAGAAGAUAGCUGUCAUGUUUUCCAGUUCUACAAAAUUCCGAAAUUCAACGAUCAUAUGCAGGAGAAUCAGCUCUACACAAAAGUUGUUACGUACCUGAAUUCAUUAUCGUCUGUUGAAGAUUCGAAUUACGCGAAUCUCUUCACAGGUAACAAAUCGAACGAUAUCACUAUUGUUCUCGACUCCGAUCAGGUUGUUACCGAUACUUUCCUCAGCGCCAGGGUCUACUGGACUAAUGAAAAGUCGAAAACAGGCUCGGAUACGCUGGUUUUGAAGAUUCGAAGACGAGAUAAACGAAGAAUUCUCCGUCCGUACAUUCAACAUAUUCAUACCGUUUUUGAUGAAUUUGAGCAGAGGAGAAAAGAGGUGAAAUUAUACAUAAAUGCCGAGACGCAACCAGAGAGGAACGGACGAUGGAUAUCGGUUCCGUUUACUCAUCCGUCGACGAUUGAAACGACAGUAAUUGACGCGGAUUUGAAAAAUAAAGUGAAAUCGGAUCUCGAAGCAUUUCUCAAGUCAAAGCAGUACUAUCAACGACUCGGACGAGUUUGGAAACGGAGCUAUUUGCUUUGUGGACCUUCGGGAACGGGCAAAUCGAGCUUUAUUGCAGGAAUGUCGAAAUUUCUGAACUACGAUAUUUACGAUAUUGAUAUGCGCAAAGUCAUAGAUGAUUCCGAUCUGAAGAUGCUUCUAUUGCGGACUACAAGCAAGUCAAUGAUUGUGAUCGAAGAUCUUGACCGGUUCUUAAUUGAGAAAUCCACGGCUGUUACCUUAUCAGGAAUCCUGAAUUUCAUGGACGGAUUUUUCUCCAGCUGUGGCGAAGAGCGUGUUAUGGUGUUCACGAUGAAUAGUAAAGAUCGUGUUGAUCCUGCGGUUUUAAGGCCUGGAAGAAUUGAUGUUCACAUACAAUUUCCGCUUUGCGAUUUCUCUGCUUUUAAAAAUCUGGCUAAUAGUCAUUUAGGCCUCAAGGAGCACAAGCUGUUCCCUCAGGUUGAAGAGAUUUUUCAAAGCGGUGUGAGUUUGAGUCCUGCUGAAAUCGGGGAGAUCAUGAUCUCAAACCGUAGCUCGCCUACUCGAGCUCUGAAAUCGGUGAUCACAGCAAUGCAGAGUAAUAUGGCAGCGAGAGUGGUGAAUAAAAUUCCGAGAAGUGCCUCAGCUCGAGUUGGAAUGGAAGAAUCAGGCGAAUCGGCUGGAUUGUACAGUGAAAGUGUUCAUACUGUUAGAGAGUUCAGGAAGUUGUACGGAUUGUUUCGAUCGAAGAGUAGCAGAAAGGAGUCGAUGGAUGUAGAUUUACAGGACAAAGAUUAUCAGAGACAGAGUUCUUAAGUCUUGGCAGUUGAGAUUGCUAUUGAUUUACAGUAGUUUCUUAGAUAGAAAACAAUCCUGAUCAAUUUUAUUUCUUUAGCAAAUGAUUGUCGCAAUUCUUUGUAUUGUUGUUACUCGGUAAUUAAUGUAUAUUGCACCGGGGAAAAUCGAAUUUGUAAUGUUCAUACAUAUUCCUAGUGAACUUUGUUAUCAUCA